GCUCACUUCCAUACGCAAGUCGACAGUAGAGAGCUCCUCCUGUCAGAUAACCUAAAAUGGCCACCCCAGAAGUACACCACCUUUUCCAUAACCCAAUUGCUGAUCACUCGUUUUCAUCCGAUAAACAUACGCUCGCUGUUGCGCGGGAUAGCAAUGUCGAGCUCUACAAGGCAUCAGGCAACAGGUUCACCUUGAAUGAUGAACUGAAGGGCCAUGAGAAGACCGUCACCGGUGUGGAUAUUGCCCCGAAUAGUGGACGCAUUGUUACUUGUUCCCAGGAUCGCAAUGCAUACGUCUGGGAGCGCACCCCUGCAGGUUGGAAACCGACUCUGGUUCUUCUUCGAAUCAACCGGGCUGCGACAUUUGUACGAUGGUCACCGUCCGAACAGAAGUUUGCCGUCGGUUCAGGAGCCCGGGUGAUCUCGGUGUGUUACUUUGAAGAAGAAAACGACUGGUGGAUAUCGAAGCAUUUGAAGAAGCCAAUUCGGAGCACUAUUACCACGCUUGCGUGGCAUCCGAACUCCGUUCUGCUGGCUGCAGGGUCGACAGACUCUCAUGCAAGAGUCUUUUCUAGUUUUAUUAAGGGAGUCGACAAACGCCCUGAGCCGAGUGCCUGGGGUGAGCGUCUCCCAUUCAACACAGUAUGUGGCGAGUUCCUAAAUGAUUCGGCUGGAUGGGUUCAUGGCGUGUGCUUCUCUCCGAGUGGGGAUGCCCUUGCCUUCACCAGUCACGAUAGCAGCAUCACAAUUGUGUACCCAAGUGCCCCCGAACAGCCUCCUCGAGCGAUGUUGAACAUUCCUACCCGCUUCCUACCGUUGACUAGCCUUAUUUGGAACGGAGAAAAUGAAAUAAUUGCUGCCGGCCAUGAUUGUGAGCCUUACCGCUUCCGCGGGGACGAAAGCGGAUGGCAGCUUGUAGGGUCUAUUGAAAGCAAAAGGGGUCCGGGAGUUGGAGCUGUCCGUGAGGAAUCUGCUCUUCAGAUGUUCCGUCAAAUGGACCUAAAGGGACAAACCCAAGUCGACACUCAGCUCAAAACGACCCAUCAGAACACGAUUAGCACAGUUAGAGUUUAUGAGGAGUCAAAUGGAGUGGUUCGCAAAUUUAGCACGAGUGGGGUUGAUGGGCGUGUUGUCGUUUGGUCGAUUUAGACCGCGAUGCUCGAGUCUGCUCAUCUCCAUGGCCUGCGAACCUUCUCUACGACGAGCGUAAUUUUAGUAUAAGUUUUGCAUAGAUAUAAUGCAACUCAGAUGCAGAAUGUCUGGGCAACCGUAGGAUAAUAUAUUAUUACAGGGAUGUACUCCGUAUACGAAGUCGAUAGUAAUAAUUGCCCUCCGCCUCCGCCCUU